AUGCCCAUGGCUCUCUGGCAUUUGGAGGUGUGCUGCAUCUAUCGCCAACUUCGCUACCAACUCCUGUUGAAACAGCUGUACGAAACGAGGCUUCGACAACUUGCCUUGAAGUACUUCCAGGGCGAUGCAACGAGGUUGAAGGAUCCACUCUACUCGCCCUUCCACGCCACGGAGGAGCAGCUCGAUGAGUUGCCACCCAUCUACCUGGCGGUCAGUGGUAGUGAGGUCUUGACAGGAGACAGUAUGAUCUUCGCUCAGCGAGCAGCUGUGCGCGGGGUGCGAGUCUACAUUUCAAUGUUCCCAGGGAUGUGGCAUGGCUUCCCGCAGUACAUCGAAGGCAAGGUGACUGCACUGCAAGAGCUCAGGUUGCGGCUCCGGCACAGAGCUAUGGCAAGGAACAACUGCCUUGAGGCGCAGGGAGGAGACAGCAAUCAGCUGGAGAAAUUGCGAUGA